UAUGAGGUAUAGCAGACAUUUGUUGUGCAAAAGUCACAGCUAUAUAUUAGCCCGGACUGCAGUUGUAAGCACUUCUGCUUCACUUCUUAUUAACCGUCGUGUUCCCGAACUCUAAAGCUGCUGGGGAGUUUGGUUUGUGUCCGGUGACUGAUGACGGGUGUUAGCUCCUAACAGGGUGAGCGAGGGGGUGAUAUUUUUUAGGAAGUCUCUUCGUUGAAACCAGGCCUGCAGAUAAUUAAGCAUCGAGCACUCGGGACUUCCGAGUUUCGAUUUGGUCAACCCUUUGGAUUGUUGUUAGCUAUUACGGAAUAAACCCGUUGAUCAAAGUGUAAAAAAGGGGUGUGCAGUUAGAGGAAAAUAAUCAACUAGAAAGUUGUGUGAUGUGGCCAGGUGCAAACUGGGGUUACUGUUAACACUUCGAAGCUGAAUAUAUUUCAAAACAGCAUGUCUCGAUUGUGUUUUAUUCCUCUAAUACCACAGGGUCAUACUUAUCCAUUUAUAGAUACGUUUAAAGUCAAUUCCUGUUAUCGCUUACAAAUGUCUAGCAGACAUUCUCUCACCUCUCGCUCGCGCUCUCUCUCUCUCUCUCUCUCUCUCUCGAAAAUAAUAAGACACACACACACACACAAAAAAACGAUUAACUUCUCAUAUUACCAAGAAACCAGAUCCUCUGUCCUGAAGACUUUCGGAAAACAAAGUUACAGCUCUACCACUGACUGUUACAAAGCUCUGACACUGCAGACUCCUUCUGUAAAUGCUAAAUAAUCAUCUCCUUACAGAAAACUUCCCCAUAUGAACGAUUCAGACGUCCCUGUGUGAGUUGUUACUAUAGAAACCGUAAGAGUAUUAGAUUAGAUCGAGCGCGUGAAUAUAAAUCGGUGAUUUGCAGCUGAAGCUUGAGUCGGAAUUGAGAAGUCACCAGAACGUUGUUAUAACACCGAAUUUGACACGUGUCGACACGUGUAAAGUCUCUGUGUUAUUGUAUUCGUGCUAACACCCUGCCCCUUUCACUCUGCUCAUGUACGUGAGAAGGCCAUGCUGAAGCUCUCGGAUUGAGCGCUAUGGGAAAUUUCUCUCCACGUGCUCGCUUUAAAGGCCGAAGGAGUGAGUUGGAGUUUUGGUUGCCAUUACAGGAUAGUUUCUACAUUGCUGUUGUUUAUGUACACAUGUGGCUUUAUAGCAGGACUACAGCAAGAGGAAUGCAAAAGAGGCCAAAUAAACUUCUAGGGAAAAGCCGACGUGCUUAGUAGGCUUUUAACUCGCUAUGCACAUCUUACACUGCAGAGCUUCUUGACGAACAUGCCCCGUGGGGGUGCAAAAUUGUAGUCCGCAGAGUUGUGGGUUGCAAACUCGUACUCGUCUACAAAAGGAAUAAAAUGCGGGCAUAUCCGGAAACAGAACCGCAAUCCAUCCGUCCAUGCAUAUAUCGGCUGUGGAUCAGGUGGUAGAGCGGGUUGUCCACUAAUCGUAGGGUUGACGGUUCGAUUCCCGGCCCACGUGACUCCACAAACCGAAGUGUCCUUGGGCAAGACACUGAACCCCAAGAUGCUCCCGCUGGAAAGUUAGCGCCUUGCAUACUGUGAGUGUGUGUGUGAACGGGUGAAUGAGACACAGUGUAAAGUGCUUUGGAUAAAAGUGCUAUAUAAGUGCUGACCAUUUACCAUCCAUCUGUUUUCCGUACUGCUUAUCCGCUUAUGCGUAUGGGCAUUGUUUGGCAGUGAUUUUGGAGACCGUUCUGGAUGCGGUUCUCUGUAUAGUUUGUGUGGAUGUUGUAGUGGAAAUUACUUACUUCCUAAUCAGUAUAUUCAUUCGUAAUUAACAUUUACAUUUUUUGGUAGUCUCGUAUAAUUUUUUUUUUCGUGGCAUCCUCCUCCUCCUCUUCCUCCUCCUCAGCUGGACGCUCUAGCUGUCGAUCCGAAUCUCACUAGCCAACGAGAAUAAAUUGCUGUUAAACCCUACCCACAUGCCAGAAUGGCAAACUUAAGCUUCUGGUACACUUUGUUUUUUUUACGCGUACGGUAACGUACGCAUAGCCGUUCAAAGUAUACGCCAUUUGACGUGUACGUGUACACAUGCGCAUUACGACAACUUGCACUACCCCUCCUGGCCUAUAAGAGUCAGUACAGAGCAGUAAAGCAGGUCUUCUGGUGUGAAGGACGACAACGAAGAAGAACAAUGCUCGAGGGGAUCUCUCGCCACGAUUAGCACCCAUGUACAAAUCCUUAUACUCUUUAAGGCUAGAAUUAUACAAAUGCGGAUACUUUCUAACCUGCUCUCGUUUCCGUCUCUUCCGUUUAUUGUAUUUAUCUUCGACUACCUUGAGAAUCAACAGGCCUGGGUCACUGUUGCCACCUUGUGGAAGAACUAAAUAGUGCAAACAAAGUAUGCGCGGUUAUAAAAAUCGUUCCUAGCGCGCGCAUAAAAAGUGAAGCAUACUUUCUGCUGUAAACAUGCGGAGCGUAAAUGAAAUGUUUGAAACUCGUAAACGAGAACUCUGUCAGCGCGUUCAUUAACCACGAUUAGCGAAAACGAAGCUUAGUAAACUGUUAACGAAGAACGCUGGUUAUUUGAACACCAGGUUAAACUUUUUUCACUCUUUUCCGUUUCAGAGACUUUCUUUCUUCUUUCUCAUUGUAUAUUUCUGUUCGUUUCCAGAAAAGUUACAUUCAAUACUUUUGGCAAAAAAAAAAAAAAACCCAAAUAAUAAUAAUCCGCCGUUCACUUAAGCCUGUACAGCGACACAGAGACAACAUGUAGCCUACAUGUCCAUGAGUAAUUCAUCUACAGUUGAGUUUUGGGUCAGAGUUACAAUAUCCAGUACGUAGCAGAUCUAAUCUAAUACGUCAUCACGAUGCAGGCUGCCCUGAGAUCACACUCUGUAAGGAUCUUGUAAGCGCGAUCCAGUUUCCGGUUCUUAUCUCGCGCCGCUCCACAAUCCGCGCGGAAGCUUCUUGUCCUGGAUUUCAUGGCGGCGCUCGCGCUGCCGUUUUGGUUACAUUGUAUCGCCGAGUGCUCGAGAGGGAAGGAGAGAGAGAACGGAGACCGGGAAAGAUACAUAGAUUCUACAAAAAUAUAUACAUUUCGAGAGCGAGAGAGCGGAAGAAAGAUAGAGAGAGAUAGAUGUAUAGCGGAAAAGACAGAGAGUGAUAGAUGAAGAUAGUGGACAUGGAUUAAUAUAGUUUGAGAAAGAAACCGACGCGGCACGAUGUGGGAUUUAUUUAAUCCGAGGAUGAAAGGGAAUGCUGUGAUUCCGGUGUGAGCUCGAGCCGCGCGGCGCCGUUUUCCGUUUCGUGUGAACGGUGAGGAUCCUGAAGAGCGCCAUGGCUGCGGUCCAGCGGCUCUCCGGCCUCCCCUUCCUCCCCGCCGUCCCCUUCGUCCCCGUCCUCCCCUUCCUCUGACUGCUGCUGCUGGAUGUGUGUUCUGGAGUACCGACGCGCCUCGUGCUGCCCGGGGGAUUCCUCUUAUUAUUACUAUUAUUAUUAUUAUUAUUAUUUUCUUUUAUUAUUAUUAUUAUUUAAAGCCACAUUUUGUCCCUUUACCAUCAUCUAUGGAAUGUACACAAGUGUUACAAUCUGGAUAGGAGUUUAUUAUGACCGGGGGCAAGAUGUGGGUGUUCGGGACGUUGGUAUCGAUACGUUGAGGCCCCUGUUUCCCCUACUCCCCACCCCCUGGAAGUCUGAGCGAUCAGACGUUACAGUGACAGACUCGGGGAGCUGGCACUAAAAUGUCCCUAAGUGGUGGCACUGCAGGCGGGAAAGGUGUGGACUCGAAUGCGGUGGACCCUUACGACAGCGGUGAUGAGUGGGACAUCGGCGUCGGCAAUCUGAUCAUCGACCUCGAAGCUGACUUAGAGAAGGACAAACUCGAGAUGUCUGGCUCCAAGGAAGCGGGGGGAAUGGCAGCUCCGCCCAGCGCCGUCGCUGCCCUGCCCGACAAUAUCAAGUUCGUGAGCCCGGUCGGCGCCCCUCAAGGCAAAGAGAGCAAGUCGAAAUCGAAGCGCAACAAGAACUCCAAGGACAAUAGUACCAAGAAUCCGGCGGGAGACGCCGUGAAAAAAGAGCACCAGGGACGAACCCAAGUGGAGGUUACUUGUACGACAGGUGGUUCAGGAGGCUCCGGGAACGCCACGCCUGGCAAAGGCACAGAGAAGGGCGGGAAAACGGCCCGCGGCGUUCCGAGCAGCAAAAAGGACAAGGAGGUAUCGAGCGGGAAAAACAAGAAGGAGAAAAAUGAAGGAGCGGUCGCUGUGGUCGCUAUCGAGAAGGAGGUAGCUGCUAACGCUCAAGCACUUGGGAACAGUACUCGCGGUGCCUCCUUCGACAGUACUCAGAACGUGGACAUGGCCGUGACCGAGCCACAUGGGAAUAACACCCUGGAUUCUGUAGGAAUAGUACCCUUGUCCAUUAAAUCCGAACCCGAGGACAUGGAUAACGGCGAGUGCCGAGUGUUAAAGAAAGUGAAAAACGAAAAGAUGGAGUCUCCGGUCUCUACGCCGGCCCCACCUCCGCUCCACCUUUUAGCCUCGGUGGGAAACAGUGACAUCGCCUCGCCGUGUGAGCAGCUGAUGGUGCGGACGCGCUCGGUGGCAGUCAACACGUCCGACGUGGCGUUGAGCACAGAGCCCGAGUGCCUGGGGCCCUGCGAGCCCGGAACAAGCGUCAACCUGGAGGGUAUUGUGUGGCAGGAAACCGAGGACGGUAUGCUGGUGGUUAAUGUGACAUGGCGGAACAAAACGUAUGUUGGAACGCUGCUGGACUGUACGCGCCACGACUGGGCUCCCCCGAGGUUCUGUGAAUCCCCCACAAGCGACUUGGAGAUUAGGCCUGGGCGUGGUCGAGGUAAGAGAAUGCGUCCCAACAGCAACACCCCAGUCAAUGAGAACAGCAACUCCUCUGACAACAAGGGCAGCAACAGUAGCAAGACCAGAGCUGGCUCGAACAGCAAGGCUCGACGUGGCAGUCAGAACUCCUCUGAGCGAAGGACCCCACCCAAUAGCAACACAGAGGAUGUCAAAGCCAGUCCCUCUUCAGCCAGCAAGCGGAAGAAUAAGCCUGUUUCCGACAUGGAGCCCAACUCCAGUUCUGAGGACACAAAAGGCAACAAGCGUAUGCGCACUAACUCGAACAGUGUUGUAACCUCUUCUGGACUCUCGCUCCCCACCAUUAAGACAGAGUGUCUUCCGCCUCCCUUAGACCGCAAUUGCCCCUCACCAGUACUUAUAGACUGCCCAUACCCCAACUGCAACAAGAAGUACAAGCACAUCAAUGGCUUGAAGUAUCAUCAGGCUCGUGCUCAUAAUGACGAUGAUAUUAAACUGGACAUGGAUGGGGAUAGUGAGUAUGGGGAAGAGUCCUCUCUCCACCCUGAGCCAGGGAGUUGUAAUGGGGCCUCAGUUUCCCAGAAAGGGUCCCUUUCACCAGCACGCUCAAUCACGCCAAAAGGAAGAGGAUUUGAUGCACACAGUUCAUCUCCUUCCCCAGGGAAAUUUGGCUGCAAGCCUAAGAAGAAGAAUGGAGAAACAGAUGCAGAGGCUUGUGGCAUUCCCAUGGAUGGCUGUGAAGAUGGGCCUUCUCUCACUGAUGAUGCCAGUAAUGAUGGCAUGGAGGACAAGAAGUCCAAAAAGUCCAGCACCAAGCCUGACAAGCUGGCCCAGAAGAAUAUGAAAACCUCCAGGCCCAUGGCUCCAGGCAUGCCCUCGCAGCAGAUGUACGCUCUACAGCCAACGCCAUUCAGCUCCGGGAGUCCAAACCACCCCCCAGGAAUGAGUUCAAUGAUUCAAGGCAUUCCCAAAAGCCCCCAGCUUAAAGGCAUUCAGGCAAAGCCUGGUGUGCCUGGAGACUCAUCCCCUAUGAACCAGGUUCUAGGGAGCUCCAAGGACAAAAAGAAAAAGGACAAGAAAAAGAAGGAGCUUGGUAAAGAGGGAGACAGCCCCAAGCCUCCAGGUAAAAGUGGGAAAGCUGAAGAUGGGAAGAGCCCCUAUUCCGAGUCUUCUGAUCCUGGAAGCAGAAGUGAAGGCCAUCUAAAUGGUUCUUCAGACCUUCAUCAGAGUCGCUUAGCUAGCAUUAAGGCCGAGGCAGACAAGAUCUACAGCUUUACAGACAAUGCUCCCAGUCCAUCAAUUGGUGUGGCCAGUCGUAUGGACAGUAGUGGGCAGCCUCUCACUCCUCUCCAUGUUGUUACUCAGAACGGGGCUGAUAACUCUUCGGUGAAGACGAACAGCCCUGCAUACUCCGAUAUCUCUGAUGCUGGAGAAGAUGGUGAGGGAAAAGUGGAGGGUGUAAAGAGCAAGGUAGAAGAUCAGUCUGUGAGGGAAGGAGCCAAAAAGGCCCUCUUUCCAUCUCCUGCAACCAAUAAAGAGUCACCUUAUUAUGCUAGCUAUGACAACUACUACUCUCCGAACUACACUCACCCUAGCCCUGGUAGUGUUAGUACUGGUGGUCCACUGCCAGAUGGCCAAACUGUAAAGAUAAAGAAAGAGGAAGAGCAAGAGCCAAGCGAAGACAAGGCAAAGCCAGAGGUUCAAGAGGAACGUAAAGUAGACACUGCCUCCAACCAGCCGCAGCAGCAGCAGCAGCAUCAGCAGCAUCAGCAGCAUCAGCAGCAUCAGCAGCAACAACAGCAGCAAGCCUCAGUAAUCCAGCAACGGCCCAACAUGUACAUGCAGCCUCUUUACUACGGCCAAUACUAUGUUCCCCCAUAUGGUUACCCAGACCAGGUGUAUCACAACCAUCUCAUGAACACUAAUCCAGCCUACAGGCAGCAGUACGAAGAGAGGCAGAGACUGAUAGCCGAGCAGCACAGAGCAGCCAAGACCGAGGCUGGCAUGAAAGAGAGAGAAGCCUCCAUGAAGGAUGACUGGAAACAGAAGGGUCCUGUUCCCCCUGGACUCACAAAAGCCCCCAGCCUGUCUGACCUGGGAAAGCCACAGGCACCCAGCAAGCAAAGGGACUCGUCUUCUGAGCCAGCCAAGUCUGUCAUCAUCCCCAAAGGCGAGGAAGCUAAGCUCCAGCCCCAGCAGGCUGAAGGCUUAAAGGUGAAGCUCAGCGACGGUGGCCAUCAUGGCAAAGAGGACUCCAAUAAACUGGGAGUGGAGUCAGCCAGGCCAGGCAUGGAUCAGUCAGUGUGGUACAGACAGUACCCUGAGAACCAGAGGCAAGUCGACGAGGAGCGAGAGCGUGACCGAGAGAGAAAGAGCAAAGACGAGAGAUCACGGACUAAGGAGUCAAGCGCCAAGGAGGAGAGCAAGGAGAGUGCCGAUCGUUUGUCUGCCCCUGAGGACUACAGAAGUGCAGGGAAAGACCCUCGAUCGAACGCUCACAUGCCUUUCUCCUCUGCACUGGCCCAGCAACAACCCUACAUGCACUACAUGCAUGGAUAUACCUAUGGUCAAGGCUAUGACCCCAACCAUCCUGGAUACAGAGGAAUGCCCUCAGUCAUGAUGCAGAACUACCCAGGUUCCUAUCUACCUGCCGGAUACCCGUUCUCACCUUAUGGUGGCAAGAUGGGCGGAGGUGAGGAAGGUGAGAAAUCCCGCUCAAGCCCUACAGUCAGCAGCAAGUCGUCCUCUGAGACCAAAGCCCUGGAUAUCCUGCACCAACACGCCAACCAGUACAAGAGCAAAUCGCCCACGGUCAGCGAGAAGGUGUCACACGAGCGAGAGCGAGGAGCGGCAGAGAGGGAAAGAGAGAGGGAGCGUGAGAGAGAAAGAGAGCGGGAGCGAGAACGAGAAAUGGAUCGACCCCGUUCGUCUCCCUCACAGAGACUCAUGCAGUCUCACCACCACCUGGGCUACCCACUUGUACCUGGCCAGUACGACCUGUCCUAUGCCACAGGUCUACCCUCGUCAGCUAUUGUUGCCAGUCAGCAAGCUGCAGCCCCCUCCCUCUACCCACCAGCACGGAGGUGAGAACGGGAACCGUGACUGACUCGACCUCAUCUUUACAAAUACAACAUGUGACUGGAUCACAUGGGGAAGUAUAUGGAGUUCAUUUAGACAUCAGUUGAAUGGUGUUUCUAUAUUUUUAGGUUGUUUUUUUUUGUUUUUGUUUUUAUUUUCUUUUUUUCCUGCCGGAAUGUGUGGCAGACUGACGUUUUCUUAGCAUCCGUACCUCGUUACCCCACUGAGGACUGUGAGACCAGGUUUAAAGCCAUCCUGCUGCCCCACCUCGCCCAGACGGCUACUGAACUCUCUCUGUGAACUAGCAAAGAGUCGUUAGGGGAAAACAAACCCAGAGCGAAACAAAAUGAAAAAAUAAAAUAAAAUAAAAAACCUCUACUCGUGAGAAUGUUGGACUGCAAAACAAUCCCACGUGCAGUUUGUGGUCGGGCGUCGCGGCGCAGACCGGUGGGUCAAAUAAGAAGAAAAAAAGACUGAACCGAACGUAUAUUAUCAUGUUGAAAUAGUUGAAGUUGUUUUUGUUUUGUUUUUUUGAGUGCACAUCCUCCUCCUCGCUGAAGCAUCUGUGACUCUUCACAACGGUUGCGUUCUACAUUUCCUAAAUGUGUCUCACGGGUGGUGGUUCUCACGUAGUUCUCAUCGCUACACGCCCCGAGACUGCUUUUUAUUUUUUAUAGUAUUUUUCUGUUUUGUUUUCAGGAGGGUCCGUUUUUGUUUGGGUUUUUUUUUUUUUUUUUUUUGUCAUCAUCCAGAUUACAGUUGACGCUUUCAUGCAGAGGAAACGCCAGUGUCCGUCUUCGUAACACGUUCGCUUUCGAUUUUGAAGUUCACGGAUCAGGGUGGAAUUUUGUUUAUGCUUAAGUAUUUAUUGAAGUUAUCAGGCUGGUCGUGACUCAUCCAGUCGAGCGCGUGGCCGGUCCUGCAGAAGCAGUGUUGAGACCGUGUAGACGUACGGAGGUCCUGCAGAAGCAGUGUUGAGACCGUGUACACGUACGGAGGUCCUGCAGAAGCAGUGUUGAGACCGUGUAGACGUACGGAGGUCCUGCAGAAGCAGUGUUGAGACCGUGUACACGUACGGAGGUCCUGCAGAAGCAGUGUUGAGACCGUGUACACGUACGGAGGUCCUGCAGAAGCAGUGUUGAGACCGUGUACACGUACGGAGGUCCUGCAGAAUCCGAUGAAUCCCAGCGAAAACACCUCACCUUGUGCUCAGCUAAUACAGACGUCGCUAAGCUGCUAUAUUUCUAGAGAUCUCUUUCAUUUUGGUUUUCCAUCUCUCUCUCUCUCUCUCUCUCUCUCUCUCUCUCUCUCUCUCUCUCUCUGUGCACUGUCAGACGUACUAACUCUUAAAUCGACUAGUCAGUGAUGUGACGACACGUAACGUGUUUUUUACGAUGCAGUGUGUGAAACCUUUCAAAGGAAGUUUAGUUAGGGAUCCGUGUCGUUGACGUGAUGUGCUGCUCUACCGUGUUGCAAAAGUGUCAGAGCUUGAUUUUUUUAAUUUUUUUUUUUUUUUAACUUUUUAAAUAAUAUUUUAUUUACUUAAACCCUUUGUUUGUUUUUUUGUUUUGUUUUGUUUUUAAACGGGCGUGUGUCGUGGCUCAGCAUGGUGUACUAUACCACUAGAAAUGUGAUGGUGUCUUCUCAGGCAAAGCUUUUCAUUUUUGUUCCUCCACUGUGUUUUUUUUUUGUUGUUUUUUGUUUUUGUUUUUUUGCCUGUUUUUAUAUUGCUGUCUUGCUCUGCACACACAAUAUGGUGUCUGUAUAUGAUGUACAGAGGAAUUAUUUUAAAAAUGCGACUGGGGAACCAUCAGUUUUUAUGGUGUUCAGUGCUUUAUAAGAUGUUCUAAAACUUUGAGGUCUCUCUUUUUGUUGUUGUUGUUUUUGUUUGCUCUCCCCCUCCUCCUCCUUCCUUUAACUCCUCUGUACUGAUGUCGUAACCAUUUUUUUUUUUGUGGGGGGGUGGAUUGGGUGUUAAUUGAAAUCUCAGCAUGGCCCGUUUCUGUUUACGCAAGCAUCCAGGUGCUCUUCACACACACAAUAUCAUUAUCUAAAUCUUUGUGAAAGUGACAGCAGGGGUUUUUGUUGUGGGUUUUAUCUGAGAGAUUCUAACCAAGUAAGCCACAUGCACAUUGUGGUUCAGUAAUAAAGUGUUCCUUUUGUUUUCUUUUUUCUUUUUUUGUAUCCUCAAUCUCGUGAAAUCAUUCAGCAGCGCUCUUAUUCAUCCUCUGCAAUGAAACGCCAUCAGCUGACCCCGAACUACAUCGCGAAAUGAGUUUCAUAUCCACCCUAAAGCCGCUAAAAUAGAUUUCCAGGUGUGUUCAGUUCAGUUUAACUGACACAGUGCUACAAUGUGUAAUGAAAAUGGGACUCUGAUUUUGGUCUCCUGUGCUCUGUAAAACCUCUCGAUUGGUGCUUGACCUUUUGAUUAUCUCUGUAGUGGAAGCUGUGCACUUUUGCAUGGUUUGCAUCAUUCUUCACACUGGACUCCUACCUUCCUCCGUAAGCUCCGCCCCAUCCCUGUGUCCUCCCAGCGAGACCGUUUCUACAAAGUAUCAGUCACUGGUACUAAAAGGAUGUUUACAUUUUUUUGAAUGGUUGCGUUUUAAAUAAUUCCUCGGCUGUGUCACUCAGAUCCUCCAGCUUCCUCCUGGACUGUCCUCUUGUAUGUAAAGUGUACAUGACCAUGUUAAUUUUUUUUUUUUUUUUUUUUUUUUUUUUUUUUUAUACAAUACUGCAACUUGCCUUUGUACAUUUAGGCAAAAAUAAAUCUUUUUAUGAGACAAUCA